AUGGGGGUAUUGAUCAGCAACCAGGAGGACUACCAGCUGGUCCGGAAGCUGGGCAGGGGGAAGUACAGCGAGGUGUUCGAGGCCAUCAACAUCACCAACAACGAGAAGGUGGUGGUGAAGAUCUUGAAGGGCCCAGAGGCCCGAUCGGCAGACCUGAUCAAUACCCCCAUCGACCCCAACAGCCCUAAUUUUUACCCGCACGAUCCUUCUGAAAACGAACAUAAAGUCACAGUUUUGGUCAUCCUGCGGCCUGAGAACUCGUCCUUAAACGUUCUGCUUGUGUUCUGCUUUCUUUCCUCUUUGGGGAUGAAUCAGCCGGUCAAGAAGAAGAAGAUCAAACGAGAGAUCAAGAUCCUGGAAAACCUCCGAGGGGGGACCAACAUCAUCCGGCUGGUGGACACAGUCAAAGACCCGGUGUCCAGAACUCCGGCGCUCGUCUUUGAAUGCAUCAAUAACACAGACUUUAAGGAGUUGUACCAGAAGUUGACCGACUACGACAUCCGUUUCUACAUGUACGAACUACUGAAG